AUGUCGCCUACAAAGAGAAAAGCACAGGAGAAGGAGGACGGUACUGUCGACCACACAUCGUCAGUCAAGCAGCUCAAGAAGCACGUAUCCAACUACGCAGCCACGCCUAUCAUCCAUGGAUCAGGAUCACAUAGCAACAUAGCAACAACAACCACCAAGGUCGUUGUCAAAGCGGAGGAAGAACACAACGGCCCGAUCGUCACAAGAAACGCCCUCAUGUGGUUCAGAAACGACCUCCGCAUCCGCGACAACAAAGCCCUCUACGCCGCAUCCAUGCGCUCCAAAGUCGGUGGCACCGGCAACAACCACUUUCUCAUCGCCCUCUACAUCAUCUCGGAAGAAGAGUGGGCAGAACAUGAUGAGGCGCCCGUCAAGAUUGAUUUCUGGAUGCGCAACCUUGUAACUCUAAAAGCUUCUCUGGAUAAGCUGGCGAUCCCUCUGGUGGUCAAGACAGCUAGGAAGAAGACGGAUGUUGUGAAGGUCGUGGAGGAGGUUGUGGAGGGGAUGGGCGUUAGUCAUGUGUUUUGGAGUCAGGAGUUGAUGGUCGAUGAGCGAAAGCGGGAUCGGGUAGUUAGGGAGGCACUGGCGAGGAAGCAUCCAAGUGUUUAUGUGGAAGAGCAUGAGGAUCAGCUUGUCGUUCCUGCCGAGGAUGUCCGCACAAAAACGGGCAAUCCGUAUGCGGUUUUCACACCAUUCUACAACACUUGGUGCAAACUAGUCGAGACCGAGUCUCACUACCUCGAAAUUACCGAGAUGUCAGACGCCAACCCACUCAAAGCCAAGGAGAUCUAUGUAGAGUACUUCAAGGCAAAGCCUCCAUCAUCUCACCCUCACCCAUUGGAUGUCGACGAGAUGAAGCGCCGGUACCCUGCAGGAGAAGACGAAGCCCACGCGAGAUUGGAUAAGUUUGUCCAAGAAAAGGCGAAAAAAUAUCACCAGGGACGCGAUGUGCCACAUCAGGAUGGCACCAGUAUGUUAAGCCCAUACUUGAACGCGGGAGUGCUGUCAACUCGACAGUGUAUCGUCGCUGCUCGGAUUGCCAACAAAAACAAGAUCCAGAGUGGAGACGAUGGACUCAAGACCUGGAUUAAGGAGCUAGGCUGGAGGGUAUGUCUCCUCGAUUGGAUCCGUGCCUUCCAACCAAAGACGGAGCGAGUGCAAUGGACCGAUAACAACGAGCACUUUCAGCGGUGGACUGAAGGAAAGACCGGCUUCCCCAUCGUCGAUGCAGGCAAACAGUUGAAGGCAACGGGAUACAUGCACAACCGCCUGCGAAUGAUCGUGGCCUGCUUCCUUGUGAAGGAUCUUCUCAUCAACUGGCAACAAGGCGAGAAAUACUUUAUGAACAACUUGAUCGAUGGCGAUCUUGCCUCCAACAAUGGAGGUUGGCAAUGGAGUGCAUCGACGGGAACGGACAGUCAGCCAUACUUUCGCGUGUUCAACCCACUGCUGCAGUCGCAACGGUACGAUCCCAAGGGCGAGUACAUCCGCAGAUGGGUUCCCGAGCUCAAGUCGUUGACGGACAAGCAGAUCCAUGAUCCCUCCCAGGCGCUCUCUCCCAAGGACUUUGCCAAACUCGGGUAUUCAAAGCCGAUUGUGGAGCAUGCGAAGGCCAAGGCUAGGUAUCUCGAAGAGUUCAAGCGAGCGCUUGGCCUUUCCUAA